ACGUACCCUUUUAUCUCAUCUCUCUUUCUCUCUCUGUCUCUCAAACACACGGAGGAUUCCAUUGGAUUGCCGGCGAGAUGUCUGCAUGUGCACGGUUGUUUCCGGCUCUGCUGCCUUCUUUUUGACCUCUGAGAUCCGAAUUUCAAUAAUCUCCGGCGACUCUCUCAUCGACGUGAUUCGUGAUGCUAUUACGGUGAGAUCCAGAUUUUUUUCGCGCCGCUGUUAUAUUUGGAUCUUACUUAUCUCAACCACUGUUUGUAUCAAUUCAAUUUGAUUUGAUGUUUUCGUCCACAAAGAAAAAAAUUGGUUGAAAGGUUUUGAGUGUUUUGAUGGAUUUUGAUCGAUUCAAGGGUAGAAGGUUGAUAUGUGUUGCAAACUUGUUUGAUAUAUGAUUCCUGGUGGGUACUUUUUUGGGGGGUUUUCAUGUUCUUCUGAUUUGCAUAAAUUGAUGGAUAGGAUGUAGAAUAAUUACAUUGAAAGAUCAAAACUGGAUUUUGUUCAUUGGGAUAAAGAGGUAUAGCAAAUUCAAAUUGGGUUUUUUUCUUCAUUUUUUGGGGGUAUAUACACCUAGUUUGGUUUUGGGAAUUUGGGUUAUACAGAAAUAUUGUGAGAAAAAUGGGGUUAGAUUCUGAUAAAAAGAAGUUGAUGAGUUCUCGUUACAAGAUAAAUAACUCUUCCUCAGAAUAUUUGUUGGAGGAAGAAAAAGAUCUAGAAGAAGGAAGUGGGGUAGAAAAGAUGAAGAACAAGGGAGGACAGUAUGAUGGUCAGCUGAAAUAUGGAUCAAAUGAUUCUCUUCUUCCUGGCAUGUAUGAUGAUGUUGCUUUAAUUUGUCUUUCUUGGGUAUGCAGAUUCGAUUAUGCUUCACUAUCAUGUCUAAAUACAAGGUUUAAUUUUCUCAUGAAAAGUGGGUAUUUGUAUGAGUUAAGGAAACAAUUGGGAGUAGUAGAGCAUUGGGUGUAUAUGGUUUCUGAUCCUAGGGGGUGGGAGGGGUUUGAUCCAACGAGAAAGAAGUGGAUGAGGUUGCCAAAAAUUCCUUGUGACGAGUGUUUUAAUCACGCAGAUAAGGAAUCUUUAGCUGUGGGUAGUGAAUUGCUGGUUUUUGGUCGUGAACUGUUUGAGUUUGCCAUAUGGAAGUACAGUUUGGUUCGUGGGCUUUGGGUGAAGUGUGAGGGAAUGAAUCAUCCUCGUUGUUUAUUUGGGUCAGGGACUCUUGGAUCAAUAGCCAUUGUUGCAGGAGGGAGUGACCAGAAUGGAAACAUUCUGAAAUCUGCAGAGCUAUACGAUUCAUCAACUGGUAAAUGGACAAUGUUGCCCAAUAUGCACUCCCCUCGUAGAUUAUGCUCCGGUUUUUUCAUGGAUGGAAAGUUUUAUGUGAUAGGAGGGAUGACAAGUCCCAAUGAUUCAUUAACUUGUGGAGAAGAGUUUGAUCUUAAGACGAAAAAGUGGAGGAAAAUCGAUGGGAUGUACCCUAAUGUAAACAGGGCUGCCCAGGCUCCUCCUCUUGUUGCAGUAGUUAGUGAUGAGCUGUAUGCAGUUGAGUAUUUGAGCAAUAUGGUGAAGAAAUAUGACAAAGAGAAGAACUCGUGGGAUGUUCUGGGCAGACUUCCGGUCAGGGCUGAUUCUUCAAACGGUUGGGGCCUAGCCUUCAAGGCUUGUGGGGAAAGACUUCUAGUAGUGGGUGGACAAAGGGGUCCAGAGGGUGAAGCCAUUGUUCUCAAUUCUUGGACUCCAAAAUCAGGGGUCAAAGAUGGCAUCUUGGAUUGGAAGGUUCUUGGUAUCAAGGAACAUGCUGGAGUAUUCGUUUACAACUGUGCUGUAAUGGGUUGCUGAGGACCUGACCAUAGGUUUUUCUCAUCUUAACCUAAACUUUCUUUUCAGGGGUAACAUUGUCGAUUGCCAGAUGAUAAUUUCAUUUUCACCAUCACUUCUCUUAAACAUUGUUGCAACUCAAUUUCAGUACUUCCAUAAUCUGCUUCCUCUUUAGUCACAGGGGUGCACCUUUCUUCUUUCUUUGUUUUUUUUUUUUUUUUCCUUUCAUAUCUUUGUGUGCUUCCUUUGUUCCUUGGCAGCCUACUCCCUGUGCCAAUAAACUGCAAAAAGAAAAAAAAAUCAUAAUGAAGUUCAAGUUGACUGUUC